UGUAUGAAUGUUCCGUUAUCGAUUCUCGGAAGUUGAUUUUGAGGGCUUUGAAGAAUCAGGUACAUGGUGAGUUGAUCACGUAAGAACUGACGAGGAAGUGAAUCUACCGAGAUAAUAGUCCAAAUUGAUGAAGAUUUUGUUUGGUUGAUUGAUGAAAGAUCUGAAUGAAGAAAGAUAUCAGGAGAAAAAAAUAGAAACUGGUGACAUCAGCAACUGACGAUCUAUCAGUAAUUCCGGGCUCGUCAACUACAAGGGCAUUAGUCCCAUGUAUGUAGUACAUGUUUUUCCUCGGGAUGUGGCGUCGGCGUCGUCUUCCCUCGCUGUAUGGCGAGAUCCGGUACCGACCUAUUGCCGCUAGCGGGGUUUCCCCCAAUCAGGUGUCUCCCACCAGCGGGACGCAGCCCCAGCUUAAGCUCCCGACCGGCCUUCCAGCAUGUGUGGUA